AUGAAGAACGGUAUUUUGUCUCAGAAAUACGUACCUCUCACCAUCAUCAAGGGCGCGGGCCAUGAGUACAUCCCCAUCCCCGAGGGCGAGAGCGCCAUCGUCGCAGACUUCCACUCCAUCCGCACCCAAACCACCGACUCCCCCACAUACCUGACCUCAGGCUUCUACCGCAUCAAAGCGGGCCCCACCCGCAACAUCCCCACCUACGACUACGAGGAAACCAAGUACGUUCUCAACGGCCAAAUCGACGUAUUAGACGAGGCGACCGGUGUCACACAUCACCUUGUUGCGGGCGACUUUGCUUUCUUCCACGUUGGCUCCAAGGCGCAGUUCUCGAGCAAAUCGGGUGGAACGGCUUUCUUUGCGGUUACUAGGCCGAUUAUCACGCAGCAUCCGGGGUUGAAGGGGAGGGAGGAGAAGGUGUUGAGCAAGUUGUAG